CCGCAAAGCCGCUGAUUGCUUAAUCUCAUCAUGGCGGAUUGGUGACAUCAGGUCCAAUCCCGUGGCGACCUCGCCCAAAAGCCACAAGUGGGGAUCAGCUCGGAUCAGGAGCAGUGUUACAGCGCAGAUCAGUCAGUGCUCCGGAGGGACCAGAGCAGAGGACAGCACACUGCGGAUGCUGAGCUCCUAGGAGCAGUUCUCUGAUUGUUGGGGAUCCCGCCAUUCAACAGCAAGGAUGGCUCGGGAUAUGUCAGAUAAAGAAAUCCUGAAAAUGGAGCUGGACCAGUUGAAGAAGGAAGUGAACACACCAAGAUCAGCAGUGAGUAAAAACUGUGCGGACACAAUUGCUUUCGUGGAAGGAUUGAUGCCAAAUGACCCGCUGAUCAAAGGAGUUCCCGAUGACAAGAACCCCUACAAGGGAGACAAAGGAGGCUGCACUGUAACAUAGCACACCGCUUUCCAAGGAAAAGUCUAAAAUAUAAAUAUAUUUUUCUUUUUUAAGAAAAGUCGGUUGCAUUGGUUUGGCAGUACUUUUAAAUACUUGUAGAUAAAAUGUACAGUAGUAAACUUCUUCCAGGAAAUAGAACUUUUCCACAAAUGAGUGUUUCAACUAAAUCAAUGUUUGUAUGUAAUUAACAGUAAAUAGAAGCUCAAAUCUUUCA